AUGCAGGUGCUCCAGGGCCUGGAGCAGGAAUAUGGGAGAUUCCAGACAUCUCUGUCUGAUGCAGCCAAGACUCCCAGGUCAGUGGAGACUCAAGUGGUCAGACACGAAAGUGAGAAAGACUGUUGGGAGACAGGGCUCGAGCAGGCCACCUCUCAGUGUCCUGCAUAUAAAGGCGUGGGUCUGGGAAAUGAAGAGGCAGACCACUACAGCUUUGGAACAGGCACUCUGUCAAGGAAGAAGAAAGUGCUGGUGACCCUGAGGGAUGAGGGUCUGCGCCGGCGUACACACCUCAACAUCAGCAUGCCACAUGACUUCCGCCCUGUAUCGUCCAUCAUUGAUGUGGACAUCCUCCCGGAGACACACCGCCGAGUGAGGCUCUACAGACACGGCUGUGAAAAGCCACUAGGCUUCUACAUCCGAGAUGGCACCAGCGUGCGUGUGACCCCCCACGGGCUAGAGAAAGUACCGGGUAUCUUCAUUUCCCGAAUGGUGCCUGGGGGCCUUGCAGAGAGCACUGGGCUGCUGGCUGUGAAUGACGAAGUCCUAGAGGUAAAUGGGAUUGAGGUGGCUGGAAAGACAUUGGAUCAAGUCACAGACAUGAUGAUCGCCAACAGCCACAACCUCAUUGUCACCGUCAAGCCUGCCAACCAAAGGAACAACGUGGUCCGAAGCAGCCGCACAUCAGGUAGCUCUGUCCAGUCGACAGACAGCACCACCAGUCACCACAGCCUGCCAGCCACCCAUGUCCUGCAGAAUUUCCACCCCGAAGAGAUGGAGAGUGAUGAGGAAGCCGACAUCGUCAUUGAGGGGGCUCUGGAGCCUCAACACAUUCCCAAGACACAGGCUGUCCCUCCAGGCAGCCUCUCAAGGGCCAAUGGCACCAGUCUUGCCCACAGGCUGCACAGGGACAUGGUCCUGCAUAGCUCUGGGCGGGAGAGCAAUGGCAGCAUCCACAGAUUUCUCAGCUCCCUGAAGCCAGAUCCCCGACACAGCCUGGUCCUCCCUCAAGGCGGUGUGGAGGAGCAUGGACCAGCUAUCACGCUCUAG